AAAUUCCUGAGUGAUAUAUGUUAAUCACAUGAACAACGAUGCUUAUUAUUCAUGAGUGAUAUACAUGCUUAAUCCACACGAAUCCACGAGGAAGCAGUGCUUGUCAUUCCUUCUCUUCUAGUGCUCGAGACCCUUUCAGAAAACAUGGCUCCGACGACGUCACCAUAGUCCAAUGAUGAUGAGCAUGAAAGGUUUAAGAGAUGCAAGGAUAAUAUUGAAACAUUCGUCUAAAUAAGGGAGCCGAAAUGGAACGUUUCAAUUUUUAAAGGAGCUAAGAUAUAGUUUAUCCUAGAAAGAAAAGAAAGAAAAAAGGACUGAACCAGACUUCCCGAUAAAUAACUACAUAUUUACAAUUUUAAUUAAAAUAAUUCCCCUAAUUACAAAAACCGCCACCUUCCCACUAAAUAAUUUGCCCAAGCCUAAACCAGAAACCACCUCGCUCGCCCUCACAACAUGCAGAAGAAUCCCUAUCUUGCCUUACUGAUUCUAUGGCCUCUGGCCCUGAUCUCUCUCUCUUCUUCAAACCCAUGUGAUCCCACAAACCGGAGGGACCCACGAGCUCUCCGUUCUGAUCAAAUCACCGUUCUGAUGAACGGCUACUCUGAGUCCCGAAUCCCUCUCCUCCGAUCACUUGCCUCCACCUACACCUCUUCCCCUCUGGUAUCUUCUGUGCUGGUUCUCUGGGGAAACCCUUCAACUUCAGCUCAAACACUGGCCCACUUGGCCCACAACCUCUCCCUCUCCUCCUUUGGUCCAGCUCCCAUCUCCCUCGUUCGCCAGCGAUCUAACAGUUUAAAUGACCGUUUUCUCCCCAGGUUUUCGAUAGGGACCCACGCAGUUUUGAUCUGUGAUGAUGACGUGGAGGUCGAUGCUAGGUCUUUUGAGUUUGCUUUCAAGGUUUGGAGGCUGAAUCCCGACCGCUUGAUCGGGUUGUUCGUAAGGUCGCAUGAUAUGGACUUGGGGGCAAAGCAGUGGAUUUAUACUGUCCAUGGUGAUAAGUACUCUAUAGUGCUCACAAAGUUUAUGAUGUUGAAGAGUGAGUAUCUGUGGAGAUAUAGCUGUGGAGGUGGGGCCCAGAUGAGUGAAAUGAGGAGGACCGUUGAUAGGAUGAAGAAUUGCGAGGAUAUCUUGAUGAACUUUGUGGUGGCUGAUGAGGUAAAAGCAGGGCCCAUUCUGGUGGGGGCAGAGAGGGUGAGGGAUUGGGGAGAUGCAAGGAAUGAUGGUGAUGGGGGGAGGGGAUUGAAAGAUGGGGAGGGGCGCAGGGUAAGGGAGGUGGGGCUUAGUAGCCGGAGAAGGGAGCAUAGGAAGAGGAGAGGGGAUUGUAUAAGGGAGUUUCACAAGGUUUUGGGUAGGAUGCCUCUAAGGUAUAGUUAUGGGAAAGUAGUUAAUUCAGUUGGGGAGCAAGGGCUGUGUCUGAAAGGAGGCAAGUUGGUAUUUUGUGACCAAUACCGACGAUAGCCCUCUCCCGGCAGUGUCAUUAAAAUUAGUCUUGAGUUUUCGUGAAACGUUUCGGCAAUGUCUAUUUUUUUUUUUUAAUUUUUAAGCCAGGAAACCUGCGUACUAGAAGUGCAAGCAAAUCCCUACUCUCAUGAGCCCUUCAUCAACCCUAGACUACACCAGUGCCUCGUCUGGUUUAACGCUCUAAACUUCUUGAGCUAUAAAGCUUGAGUUUUGGCAAUCAAAAUGAUUCACACGGCAAUGCCUCUCUAAAUAAAACCAAAUGCUUGCCUUCUUGCGCAUUAAGAAGCCCUUUCCGGAGCUUGAAGCCCUGGCAACCAGAAGUAGAGAGUGGCUCAUUGAACUCGACUUUUAGAAAUGAUUUACAAUUCAGGAGGGAGCUGCUACAGUAGAGCUUGGGGUUAACUAAUUAAAACUCGCCGCUCAUAUUGGCACAUGCUUUCCAAUUGCUGCAAGAUCACAGGCACACAAGUUAUAGCUUGAUUCAUCUAUUAGAAUGUUCACACAUUUGUGCCCUGAGCAUAUGGUCCAGCACGAAGAAUAACAUGAUAAAAUGCCCUUGUCAAAUUACAUGAACUUCAAGCCCGUGCUCAUCUAACACCAUGACAUCACCUGUUAAUGCUU